GCUUCCCUUCUGUCUGCACCUAGCAACAUGCCCUCCAUGUUCGAGGACACUACCAUGAAAUUGGUCAAACAAAUCGGAGACAGUGAACUCAGGCCUGUCAAAAGCUUGCUGGAUGCCACCAAAAUACGCCCGUUUUCUCUGAUACGGAGGAACAAGCCUCGCUCCCUGUUUUGGAAACCAUCUGAUGUUCCUCUUGACAUCUCCGUCAUGCACAUCCUCAAACCAAGUUCUUCGGUCCCAGAUGCUGCUGGCAAAGUGCCUUUCCAAUUCAGGGACCGUGUGGCCAAGCAGCUGCAGGGGUCUGGAAGCGUGACUGCGGGGCCCCAGGUGAGCUUACUGGGGAGCAUCGCUGAGAGCCAAGGAGCCUCCCUUGAGUGUCAGAUUGUUACCCACCGCGACACAACCUGGGAAGACCUGCAACAGAGGACACUGAAGGACCCCGAGCCGUGCUUUCUGAAGCAGUGCCGGGAGGCAGGGGUGAAACUGUACGUGGUGACCGAGACCGUGGAACUGGUCAAAGGCUGUGUGCUGGAGGAUUGCAGCAGUGUGGACCUCUGGGGGAAAUUUUCCGUCCCUUGGAAUACAUUUGUCAAGACAGACGGACAGGGAGGGGCUCGCCGAGUGAGCCAGAGGGAGCUGACUGUGCCCGCGGGCUCCGCGAUGGCCUAUAAGAGGAAGCAGCUGGUUUUCCUGGGGAACACCUGUGGUGAGCAGACGCUGAAGGAGGCUGGCAUUCUUCUCUUCGUGGAUGAUGACAACCAGGAGACCUUUCUAGAAGAGAAAGAACGAUAUCAAAUAGGCUUUAUGGAGCCCAUUCCACGAAGCUUCAUUCAGGCAGACUUCAAGUGCCUGCAAGAGGAGGUUUCUGAGAAAGUAAGUGCGGCCCAGCACUCGAAGAACAUGAAGGACGUCCUGUUCUCCGGCAUCCGGGCCAUGCUUGGGGACCGGGAGGCUCUUCAGGACCUCGUGAACAUGCUUGAAUGGGAACCCUUGGGUCACAUGACCGGCCCUGGGGGCACCAUCCUAAAUGAACUGCGAGAGGACACAAGCUCUGCACGGGUCAGCUCCGCGCAGCUCAUCCUCUACCUGCUGGACGCCAUACUGGUGCUGAGUGACGUCCAACGUGAUCUGCUGGCCCAGUCCAUGGACAGGAAGAUCCUCCUCCAGCAGCAGUAUCUGGUGAGGAGCAUCCUGGAACCCAACUUCAAAUGCUCCCAGAGAAUUCCCUUCACCCUCCGGCUCAUGCUCCUUGCCCCUCUCCAUGGGAAGAAUUUGGCCAUAACCUACGACCUGCUGAAUGAGUGUGGCCUGAAGAUGGAGCUGAACAGACCCUGGUCAACCUGGGACCCGGAAGCCAAGGAGCCCCUGUGUGCCCUGUACGGGACCCUCUCCGUGCUGCAGCAGCUGGCUGAGCCCUGA